CUCGGCGGGGAUGUAUAAGACCCCGCUGGCGGCCUGCGCCAGGGCUUGGGGUCUUGCUGGAGGCUCGUAGCAUGUCUGCAGUCAAUGAUCCUCCACCGGCCUCACCUACCGGAGCAGCCAUGGGGGAGUGCAUCUCCAUCCAUGUGGGCCAGGCCGGGGUGCAGAUGGGCAAUGCCUGCUGGGAGCUCUACUGCCUGGAGCAUGGCAUCCAGCCCAAUGGCACCAUGCUCAGCGACAAGACCCUAGCGAGGGGCAGUGACUCCUUCAACACCUUCUUCAAUGAGACAGGGGCUGGCAAGCGUGUGCCUUGGGCUGUCUUUGUGGACCUGGAGCCUGAUGUCAUAGACAGGGUAAGAACCGGCAUUUAUAGGCAGCUCUUCCAUCCUGAACAGCUGAUAUCUGGCAAGGAAGAUGCUGCCAACAACUAUGCCCGUGGUUACUACACUGUGGGGCCAGAGGUCAUUGAUCUGGUGAUGGAUCGAAUCCGAAAACUGACAGACCAGUGCAUCAGGCUUCAGGGCUUUCUGAUCUUCCAUAGUUUUGGGGGUGGCACUGGCUCAGGCUUUACCUCCCUGCUGAUGGAACGGCUCUCUGUUGACUAUGGCAAGAAGUCCAAGUUGGAGUUUGCUAUCUACCCAGCCCCCCACAUGUCCACAGCAGUUGUAGAACCCUAUAACUCCAUCUUGACCACCCACUCUACCCUGGAGCACUCAGAUUGUGUCUUCUUGAUGGACAAUGAGGCCAUCUGUGAUAUCUGCUGCCACAAACUGGACAUUGAGUGCCCUACCUACACCAACCUCAACCAGCUCAUCAGCCAGAUUGUAUCCUCCAUCACUGCCUCACUGCGUUUUAAUGGUACCCUCAACGUAGACCUCACAGAGUUCCAGGCAAAUCUGGUGCCCUACCCCCGUGUUCACUUUCCCCUAGUUAGCUACUCGCCCAUUGUUUCAGCUGAGAAGGCCUACCAUGAGCAGCUCUCAGUGGCAGAGAUGACCAGUGCCUGCUUUGAACCCUCCAAUCAGAUGGUCAAGUGUGACCCUCGCCAUGGCAAGUACAUGGCCUGCUGCAUGCUCUACCGUGGAGACGUUGUACCCAAGGAUGUGAAUGCUGCCAUUAUUGCUAUCAAAACCAAGCAUAGCAUCCAGUUCGUGGACUGGUGUUCCACAGGUUUCAAGGUUGGCAUUAACUACCAGCCUCCGACAGUGGCACCUGGGGAUGAUCUAGCCAAGAUGCAGCGGGCGAUCUGCGUGUUAAGCAAUACCACAGCGAUUGCCGAGGCCUGGGCCCGCCUUGACCACAAGUUCGACCUGCUGUAUGCCAAGAGGGCAUUUGUGCACUGGUACGUGGGUGAGGGCAUGGAGGAAGGGGAAUUCUCUGAGGCUCGAGAGGACCUGGCUGCCCUGGAGAAGGAUUAUGAAGAACUAGACACAGAGUUUGUGGACAGCAAGAACGAGAGUGAAGAGUACUAGGUGGUCCUGGUACCAGCAGGACUUGGUCUCUGGCUCCCCAAUUUUGUAUCUCAUUCCAUUGUUUCCCCCACCCCUACAGAUAUAAUCGGUGUCUCAAGUGAUGUGGAAAUCUUUGGUGUGGACUUCUACCCAGGCAGCGGGAUUUCUCUAACCUUCCCAAUGUCCUUUGUUGCCUUCUUAAGAGGCAGGAUGGCCUCUGUCUCUGGGAACUCCAGCCAGGCUAUUUCUAGUGGAGAGCUGGCACUGUCCUCCUCCUGUGUGAGGAGGCUACCCUGCCAGAUACCUACGGGCUCAGCACUGGGGCUGUAAUGCUUUGACCUCAUGUGGGUCUCUGUACCCUUUGUCCCCAGCCCACUUCAAAGGAGGUAAA